AUGGCGAAAUUGGAGAAUUCUGUUGCUGAGGUCGAGGAGAUGAUGUCGGCUUUGGCGCUACUUAUAGACCGACAAGGUGGCCUGCUGGACAACAUCGAGUUCAACAUGGUGAAUACGAAAUACACUGCUGGUGGGUUGGGGUUGCUAAUGAUGAUGCUGAUGAUGAUGAUGAUGAUGAUAGUUUGUUGA